UUGAAAACGUCACUUCCUGCUGCUCUAGGAAUACAAAACUCUUUUUUUUGUAACCAUGUCGGGAGACACGUGGAGGUGGACUUGCCUCGUCUUACACCUCCUUCCUUGUGCCGUGAUGCUGCCUUCCACCACAAGGCAGCAGCCUCCCAACCCAAAGAGACCUUUCCUCACCUUCACUGUGGAAACAGCGGACGUGCAUUUCAACCAUUUGGUGGUGGACGAGAGGAGAGGCAACAUCUACCUGGGGGCCGUCAAUUGGAUCUACAAACUCUCCAGCGAUCUGGAGAUGCUGACGUUUCACCAGACCGGCCCGGAUAGCGACAACCCAAAGUGCUACCCUCCCAAACUGGUCCAGCCUUGCAACGAACCCUUGAAGUCCACAAACAACAUCAACAAGAUGCUCCUCAUUGACUACAAGGAGAACAGGCUGAUCGCUUGUGGCAGCUUGUACCAGGGCAUCUGCAAACUCUUGAGGUUGGACGACCUGUUUAAGCUCGGGGAGCCCUUCCACAACAAGGAACACUACCUCUCUGGGGUGAACGAGAGCGGCUCGGUUUUUGGGGUGAUAGUCUCUUACAACAACAUGGACGACAAGCUCUUCAUUGCUACCGCCGUGGAUGGCAAACCAGAGUACUUCCCCACAAUUUCUAGCAGAAAGCUCCCCAAGAACUCCGAGGCAGAAGGGAUGUUUGCUUAUGUUUUCCACGACGAGUUUGUGGCCUCCAUGAUCAAGAUCCCAUCAGAUACGUUUACCAUCAUCCCUGACUUCGACAUAUACUACAUCUAUGGCUUCAGCAGUGGUAAUUUCGUCUACUUUCUCACCCUCCAGCCCGAGAUGAUUUCUCCACCGGGCUCCACCACUAAGGAGCAAGUCUACACCUCCAAGCUGGUCCGCCUGUGCAAAGAGGACACGGCCUUCAACUCGUACGUCGAAGUGCCCAUUGGCUGCGAGAAGAACGGGGUGGAAUACCGAUUGCUGCAGGCGGCCUACCUGUCCAAGGCGGGAGCCAUCUUGGCCAGGUCACUGGGCAUCAGGCCGGAGGACGACGUCCUCUUCACCGUCUUCUCCAAGGGGCAGAAGAGGAAGAUGAAGUCCUUGGACGAGUCGGCCCUGUGCAUCUUUGCUCUGAAGAGAAUUAACGACCGCAUCAAGGACAGGCUGCAGUCCUGCUAUAGAGGCGAAGGCACUUUGGAUUUGGCCUGGCUUAAAGUGAAGGACAUCCGCUGCAGCAGUGCACUGUUAACAAUUGACGAUAAUUUCUGUGGCCUGGAUAUGAAUGCCCCACUCGGAGUAUCCGAAAUGGUACGAGGACUCCCCGUCUUAACAGAGGACAAGGACAGGAUGACAUCCGUCAUUGCAUAUGUGUAUAAGAACCACUCCUUGGCUUUCGUGGGCACCAAAAGUGGCAAGCUGAAAAAGAUCCGUGUCGAUGGACCCAUCAGAGGUGCCCUCGAGUAUGAGAUUGUCCAGGUGGUGGAUACCGGCCCAAUCUUGCGGGACAUGGAUUUUUCCGUGGAUCACAAGCAUCUGUACCUCAUGUCUGAUAAGCAGCUCACCCGAGUGCCGGUGGAGUCCUGCGGACAGUACAAAAGCUGCAGCGAGUGCCUGGGCUCGGGGGACCCCCACUGCGGAUGGUGUGUGCUCCACAAUGCGUGCACAAGGAAAGAGCAAUGUGAGCGGUCCAGAGAGCCCCGGAGGUUUGCCUCGGAGAUACAGCAGUGCGUCCGACUGACCGUACACCCCAACAACAUCUCCGUCUCACAGUAUAGCGUCAUGCUGGUCCUGGAGACUUACAAUGUCCCGGAGCUGUCGGACGGCGUCAAUUGCACCUUUGGGGACCUGUCGGAAAUGGACGGCGUGGUGCUGGGGAGCCGGAUUCAGUGCAAGUCCCCCGCAGCCAAGGAGGUGCCAAAGAUCAUCACCGAGAACGGAGACCACCACAUUGUCCAGCUCCAGCUCAAAUCCAAGGAAACGGGGAUGACUUUUGCCAGCACCAGUUUUGUCUUCUACAACUGCAGCGUCCACAACUCGUGCCUGUCCUGCGUGGAGAGCCCUUACCGGUGCCACUGGUGCAAAUACCGCCAUGUCUGUACUCACGAACCCCUCAACUGCCACUUCUUGGAAGGACGAGUCAAGGUUCCUGAGGACUGCCCGCAGUUGCUGCACGUCAAUAAGAUCUUGGUGCCUGUGGACGUCGUCAAGCCAAUCACGCUGAAGGCCAAGAACCUUCCUCAGCCUCAGUCUGGACAGCGAGGCUACGAGUGCAUCAUCAGCAUCCAGGGCAACGAGAAGAGGGUUCCUGCUUUGCGGUUUAACAGCUCCAGCGUCCAGUGCCAAAACACUUCAUACACUUACGACGGGACGGAGAUUAACAGCUUGCCAGUGGAGCUGACAGUGGGGAAUGGGGAUUCAACCAUUGACAACCCUGCGCAGAACAAAGUCCACCUGUACAAAUGUGGGGCCAUGCGAGACAGCUGCGGCCUGUGCCUGAAAGCAGACCCGGACUACGAGUGUGGCUGGUGCGAAGACCAGAACCGCUGCACCUUGAAGCACCAUUGCCCCAUCCUGGAGAACCGGUGGCUGGAGCUCUCUGCGCUGGGGGGCAAAUGCACCAACCCCAAGAUCACAGAAAUCAGCCCGGUGAGGGGACCUCGUGAAGGAGGGACCAGGGUGACCAUCCGGGGAGAAAAUUUGGGCUUGGAGUUCCGGGACAUUGCAUCUCAUGUCAAAGUAGCAGGCGUGGAGUGCAUUCCUUUAGUGGAGGGAUACAUCCCAGCAGAGCAAAUAGUGUGCGAGAUGGGCGAAGCCAAGCACAGCCAGCAUGCAGGAAAUGUGGACAUCUGCGUGGCCGAGUGCAAGCCAGAGUUCAUGGCCAAAUCCUCCCAGUUCUAUUACUUUACGAUGCUGACUCUCUUUGACCUAAAUCCCAAACGAGGUCCAGUGUCUGGCGGAACCCAAGUCACCAUCACGGGCAAGAACCUGAACGCUGGCAGCAACGUCACGGUGCUUUUUGACGAGCAUCCCUGCCUUUUCCACUGGAGAACAGCAGAAAGGAUUGUCUGCAACACCACAGCUUACACCAGCGGCUCAGAGAAGAUGGUCGUGGACGUGAUUGUGAAGGUAGACAAGGCCAGGCUCCACAAGGAGCUGGAGAAGGCCAAGUCACCCAAGGAGCUGGAGUUUGAAUAUACGACGGACCCAACCAUCAUGAAGAUCGAUCCAGAAUGGAGUAUUGUCAGUGGAAAUACACCCAUUACAGUGCGGGGCACGAACUUGGACCUCAUCCAGAACCCUCAGAUCCGGGCGAAGUACGGUGGCAAAGAACACAUCAACGUUUGCGAAGUGCAGAACGACACGGAGAUGAUCUGCCAAGCACCAGCGGUGGAACCGAAUAACCAGACCGACCCUCCUGUGCGGCCAGAUGAGUUUGGCUUCAUCUUGGACAACGUCCACUCCUUGCUGAUCCUCGAGAAACCCAACUUCACCUACUACCCAAACCCCAUCUUUGAGGCUUUCAAUCCCUCUGGGAUUUUGGAGCUGAAACCAGGGACCCCUGUGAUAUUAAAGGGUAAAAACCUAAUCCCAUUGACAGGAGGGAACGCCAAGCUGAAUUACACUGUUCUGGUUGGUGAGAAGCCCUGUGUUCCCACGGUGUCUGAAGUGCAGCUGCUGUGCGUCCCCAAUCUCACUGGACGGCAUAAAGUGACGGCUCGCGUUGGAGGGAUGGAGUUUUCCCCAGGGAUGGUGAACAUCUCCCCCAGCCCACUUAGCCUGCCCGCCAUUGUCAGCAUUGCCGUGGCAGGGGGGCUCCUCAUCAUCUUCAUUGUGGCCGUGCUGAUUGCCUACAAGCGCAAGUCCCGCGAGAGUGACCUCACCCUCAAACGGCUCCAGAUGCAAAUGGACAACUUGGUCCGGGUCGCCUUGGAGUGCAAGGAAGCUUUUGCAGAACUGCAGACUGACAUCCAUGAGCUGACUAGCGAUUUAGAUGGAGCUGGCAUCCCGUUUCUGGAUUACCGGACCUAUACCAUGAGGGUGCUUUUCCCUGGCAUCGAAGAUCACCCUGUGCUGAGGGAUCUGGAGGUCCCUGGUUAUCGGCAAGAGCGGGUUGAGAAGGGCUUGAAGCUCUUUGCCCAACUCAUCAACAACAAGGUCUUCCUCCUUUUCAUCCGCACCCUGGAGUCCCAGCGCAGCUCUAUGCGAGACCGUGGCAAUGUGGCCUCCCUCAUCAUGACGGUGCUGCAGAGUAAGCUGGAAUAUGCCACGGAUGUCCUCAAGCAGCUCCUGGCCGACCUCAUAGACAAAAACCUGGAGAGCAAAAACCAUCCUAAGCUGCUGCUUCGGAGGACAGAAUCUGUUGCUGAGAAGAUGCUCACUAACUGGUUCACCUUCCUGCUCUACAAGUUUCUCAAGGAAUGUGCCGGAGAGCCUCUCUUCUCCCUCUUCUGUGCCAUCAAGCAACAGAUGGAGAAGGGCCCAAUCGAUUCCAUCACUGGGGAAGCCCGCUACUCCCUUAGUGAGGACAAGCUGAUCCGGCAGCAGAUCGACUACAAGACCCUGGUCCUCAGCUGUGUGAACCCUGACAAUGUGAACAGCCCCGAGAUCCCCGUGAAGAUCCUGAACUGCGACACCAUCACGCAAGUGAAGGAGAAGAUCCUUGACGCCAUCUUCAAGAACGUGCCGUGCUCCCACCGGCCGAAAGCCGCCGACAUGGAUCUUGAGUGGAGGCAAGCGAGCGGAGCCAGGAUGAUCCUUCAAGACGAGGACCUCACGACGAAGAUCGAGAAUGACUGGAAGAGGCUCAAUACCCUCGCUCACUAUCAGGUGCCCGAUGGAUCCGUGGUGGCUCUGGUGUCCAAGCAGGUGACAGCCUACAAUGCUGUCAACAAUUCCACUGUCUCCAGAACCUCUGCUAGCAAGUAUGAAAACAUGAUCCGCUACACGGGCAGCCCAGACAGCUUGCGCUCCCGGACGCCCAUGAUCACACCCGACCUGGAGAGUGGGGUCAAGAUGUGGCAUCUGGUCAAGAACCACGAGCAUGGAGAUCAGAAGGAGGGCGACCGAGGGAGCAAGAUGGUGUCGGAAAUCUACCUGACCAGGCUUCUAGCCACCAAGGGCACUUUACAGAAGUUUGUGGAUGACCUCUUUGAGACCAUCUUCAGCACAGCGCAUCGUGGGAGUGCCCUGCCCCUGGCCAUCAAAUACAUGUUCGACUUCUUGGAUGAGCAGGCAGACAAGCACAACAUCCACGAUCCUCACGUGCGGCACACUUGGAAAAGCAACUGCUUGCCGCUGAGGUUUUGGGUGAACAUGAUCAAGAACCCGCAGUUUGUCUUCGACAUCCACAAGAACAGCAUCACCGACGCUUGCCUCUCGGUGGUAGCGCAAACCUUCAUGGACUCCUGUUCGACCUCAGAGCACCGUUUGGGCAAGGAUUCCCCCUCGAAUAAGCUCCUCUACGCCAAGGAUAUCCCCAGCUACAAGAACUGGGUGGAAAGGUACUACUCAGAUAUCGGCAAGAUGCCAGCUAUCAGCGACCAGGACAUGAACGCCUACCUGGCUGAGCAAUCCCGCAUGCACAUGAAUGAAUUCAACACAAUGAGCUCCCUCUCAGAGAUCUACUCCUACGUGGGCAAGUACAACGAAGAGAUCCUUGGAGCCCUUGAUCAAGAUGACCAGGCCGGGAAGCAAAAGCUGGCCUACAAACUUGAACAAGUUAUAACCCUCAUGAGCAUAGACAGCUGAGAACUGCCCUACCAGGGGACUCCCUGGAAGGGAUUUGAAACAAACAUACAAACAAAACCAAGCCGUGCCUCAGUCAAGGACAUCCUCUUUACCAAGUGCAAGUUUCUGAUUGGCCGCCGAGCGGAGUCACCUGAAACACCUCUCGACUCCUCGAAGGCUCGCCCGCCAAACCUAUGGACGCCAAGCAACUAGGCCUCAAGGACUUGAGGGACGUCUCUGCGGAGGAAUCCCUAGUGUGGGCACCAUAGA